ACACGUCACAGCUCACCUGGAGGAGGUCUCACUCUCAUAGGAAGUAAACAAACAGACAGAAGUAGAAAAACUGUUUAAUAACCGGAAACAAGGAAGAAGAAGGGUUAGCUCAGUUAGCUGUUAGCAUCAUCAUCAUCAUCAUCAGCUGUCAGACAGCGUCUCUGCGUCUUCGGCCUCUGUGGAUGGAAGUGUUGAGCUCAGCGAUGGGACCGGAGAGAGUCUUACCGAGCUCGGAGGACGAGGACGAGCGGCCCGCUGACGGAGAGAUGCUGCCGGGGGGGGCGGCGGUGUGGAGCGGGGGGGAUGGAGGAGGGGAGGAGGAGGAGGGGGGGGAGAUGGAGCUGGACGGAGAGGAAGAGGAGGAGGAAGGAGAGGUGAACAACGGAGGAUAUUAUUACCAACCUCUGAACCAGGAGCCGGACGCACUGAACGCCUCCACAGCUCCACCGGAGGAGGAAGAGGAGGAGGAUGAAGAGCGGGGGGAGGAGGGGGAGGAAAGGGGGGAGGCGCCAUCACACGCUGAGCAGCUGCAGCAGGUGGAGCAGAGGAUAGAGGUGAUGGGGCUGCAUCUCCCUGAAGCUCCUCCUGACAGUGAUGAGGAGGAGGACCCUGAGGGGGCGGCGGCCCACAGAAGCCACGCCUCCAUCCCCAUGGACGCAGACCACGUGGAGCUGGUGAAGAGGACGAUGGCGGCCAUCGCGCUGCCGUCUCUCGGCGUGCCGUCGUGGGCCAAAGAGAUCUCAGACGACCAGUGGAAGGACGUGGUUGAGAACGCCAUGCAGAGCCGGCAGAACGCGGCCGCGCUGCGCCUCAACCGCAGGAACAACAUCAACUGACCCUGAACGCAGCACGGACACUUCAGGGACACAGACACAGUGUGGGAAAUAUCAGACACAGCCUUACAGCUUCUGUCUGUCUGAACCCAACCAACACGUUUCCAUAGUUACAGUGAAAUUUAAGGUUCAAUGUGAAGAAUGAAGCUGCUUGAAACUGAGAAAGCUGAUUUUCUCAAACGCAUCGUCACCUCGUUAAUCACAGUUUCUGAUUUUAGCUCAAAAAGUGAAAAUCAGAUUAAAAUAAGAUUCAUUAUUUCUUUUUUAUUUUAUGUACAAAAAAAAAAAAAAAGUUGUUCUGCUUCUUAAUCAGAAUAAAGUAAACCGAUCAGAGCUGCUCUAAUCACCACGACCCGUCACUCUGCUGAUUAUUAAACAUCUCACGGUAACGCUUCAUUUUACAGGUUCCUCAAUUUAUCAUCACUACAAAUAUAUAUCCUUCCUUCCUUCCUUCCUUCCUUCCUUCCUUCCUUUCCUUCCUCCCU